UGUUGGAAUUAAUCCAUUGGUUGUUGGCACAUACCAAUGUAAUCUGAUCUUGUAAGAGUAUAUAUUGGUCGGUGUGCCUGAGCUUGUACAUGGAGGAUUGAUCUUGUUACCUGUGUACACAUAACAAUGGCUCAUUGAUAAGACAAUUGAGGGGGUCAUUGGGAUUCAUUACUAACUGCCACCUUAUAACUGCCCACCCUAUGCCUCGCUGCCAGUAAUCCUCAGCUAAUCCCUCAGGUAAACAGCGGAUCAUAACCUGCUCAAACAGGUACCACUGUCACUGGGGCCUUUAAUCUCAACAUUUAACAUCAAUUGUAUGUACAAGCAAGAUCUAACUUGUAUUUAAAAAGGAGAAAUGUGGGCUUUUUAUAUUUGUGUGGCUAUCGGGGAUCUGGCAUUUAAAGUUUGGCGUGUGUUUGACUUGGAAGGUUUAUUAUGCAGUAAUACAUUGUACCAAAGCUAUGAAGUACACAAGUAGCUUUAUAGAUAGUUGGUACUGUGAGAGCCCCUUCCGAGUUAUGUCCCCAAGGGACAACUCUGUAAUGGAUGAUGUUUGUGUAGAAAGGAUGCUGGAGGAGUCGCUACAGGACUACCAGGUGUUGAACCUCCUUGGGAAGGGUGGAUUUGCAUGUGUGUACCGUGCCCGCUCCAACAAAACAGGUCUUGAGGUGGCCAUCAAGAUGAUUGACAAGAAGUUAAUGAAAGCAGCGGGCAUGGUGGCCAGAGUAAAGAAAGAAGUAGAAAUCCAUUCAAGAUUAAAACACCCGUCUAUUCUUGAGCUGUAUAACUAUUUUGAAGACAAUAACUAUGUGUACUUAGUUCUGGAGAUCAGCCACAACGGUGAGCUCAACCGCUACCUAAAGGCCAACUGUAAGGUGCUCAAUGAGGCAGAAGCUCAACACUUCAUGAAACAAAUAGUUAAGGGGAUGCUGUAUCUACACUCGCAUGGAAUCCUUCAUCGUGAUCUUACACUAGCCAAUCUCCUCCUCACACGCAACAUGGAUGUGAAAAUUGCUGAUUUUGGUUUGGCUACUCAGCUGAACAUUCCUGAUGAGAAACACUUCACAAUGUGUGGGACUCCAAACUACAUCUCGCCUGAGAUUGCCAUGCGCUCAGCACAUGGACUGGAGGCAGAUGUGUGGUCCCUCGGCUGUAUGCUGUACACAUUCUUGGUGGGCAGGCCUCCUUUUGAUACAGAGGGUGUUAAGACUACUCUAAACCGUGUUAUCUUAGCAGAGUUCCAUCUACCUGACCACAUAUCUAACGAGGCCAAGGACCUUAUCCAGUCUCUCCUGAAGAAAAACCCCAAAGAGCGUCAGAAUCUCAAAGAAAUCCUCAGCCACCCGUUCAUGACAAAGGAUAACAGCAGCAGCCUUAGUAAGGGUUCACAUGGCUUUGGGGAGACAUCCAUUGACAGUGGCAGGGGUACCAUGGCAACCAUUUCAUCAUCACGUAUGUCCAGUCAUCCAAAGCCACGCCCAUUUCCAGCAUUCCCUCUGGAAUCCCAAAUCUCUGAGAAUGAGGAGAGUUUAGCAAAUGCCAAAAAACAGGGCUCCGAGCAAACUGAUAUUUUUUUUCCUAAAAAGGGAGUCCCACCUCCCUCCAACCCAGUGCUGCGACAUCCACCCUCUCCACCUGUGCGCCUACGAGAUAGUGACAAAGAUGCUCGGCUGGGUAGCCAGCGCUCAACUGACCGCUACAUGCGAACGAAUAGUCAGGACAAAUCUCAGGAGUUAUAUGGAGCACCGACUUUUGACCCUACCAAAUACCAAGAUACUACCCCCAACAGUUCAACAGGUUGGUCCUGCAGUCUGAGUACCCACAGUAAUGAUCCCCGGGGGCGCAUCAGUCCCCCACAGCUGAGUGACACCAGUAAACCCUCCAUCAGUUCUGCUAUGUCGGACCUGUCCUCCCAGGAAGGUACAGAGUUCUCCCUCCAGAACACUAAAAAAGCUCUCAAUUUUGAUGGCGACGCCAUGGGCAGUUGGCAUGAGCGUUGUCCUCAGUUAGAUCACUUGAGUGGCCAGCGCUACCAGGACAGUCACAGUCAUUCUAUGGAAGAUAUGCUGGGCUCCAACCGUAACCAAAGUAAAGACAUCCAAAAUGUUCACAGCAGUAUCAAGGCCAGUAACUCUAGCAAGACAAUACGUGAUGUGGUGCUCCCCCUUAAUUCAUCAAGGCUGCGUCAUAUCAGACAGAGGACCAGAAAUGCCAUUGUAAACAUUUUGGAGUGUGGAGAUGUAUGUUUGGAGUUCCUCAAGCAAAAACAGAAGGUUGAGAAGGUUGUGGAAGUGUUUCUUAUCUCCGUGGAUGGACAUACGGUCAACAUCUACCAGCCCAACAAUGGACGCGGUGAACCUGUCGGUGACGCUCCUGUACCUCUACCUCCUGUUCCCUCUAAAUCAUACACUUUCGACACACUCCCAGAGAAAUACUGGAAGAAGUACCAGUAUGCUUCCAGGUUUGUGAAGCUGGUAAGAUCCAAGACACCAAAAGUGACUCUGUUUACCAGCAGAGCCAAGUGUAUGCUGAUGGAAAACUCGCCUGAUGCUGAUUUUGAAGCUAUAUUUUACGAUGGGUCAUAUGUAGUGGAUGAGACCGUGAACUCCACUGGUGGGGCAGGCAGAUCUGCCCCUCCUCGCAGUGCUAAAUUUACCAUAAACUCAACCAACACGAGAAUAAUCGAAAAGUCUGGGACGUCAUUAGUACUGGACUCUGCAGCAGCAGAGGAGAGAUUAACAGAGGAGACACUAAGACUGCUUGUUUAUGUCAAACAGUGUCGACAACAGUGUCUGGAGAUAGAGUUGGUGAUCAGUGCUGUUCAACAGAGAUGUGCUCUAAAAACACACUUCUUCCCUAUCAUCAUUGGCAGUCGUCCAAAAAACCAGAAUUUAAAUGACUCUGGUCGGUCCACAUCGACGAGUGGGACAGGGCCAAGCUCAGGGGCAUUUGAGAACAUGAGCACACCUUCAUCAGGAUCACGACCUUCUCCUUCUGUGAUGACCUCCUUUGAUGGGACUGUGGUAAGCACGAUGACUGAUUGUGUUGACCAAUCUGUGACUGAUUCUCAGGACCGUACCCUUAAGUCAGAGGCUGUGAGAUUAUCAGCCGAGAAGCUUGGGCUGGAUAAGCUUACCGGUGGGUUAGAGAAACUGGGCACUGGCGCAGAAAGAGGGGCCAACACUAGUCCCACCUCCAGUCACAGUGGAGGAAGUCAGCUGAGGAAAGGUGGUCAUGACAUCACACGCCAAGUCUAUGUGCCUGAUGUAGGCAUAGCCUCGCAGCUUACAAAUGGUGAGAUCUGGGUCAAGUUCAAUGAUGGCACUCAGCUUGGUGUUCGCUCAACCACAACCACUAUCAAGUUUGUUGAUACUCAGGGCAAGCUCUUCAGGUUUCAGAAGACAGAUAUCUUACCUGACCUUGUCAAGUCACGCCUGGGGAAGGUGCCGGUCGUGCUGGAGCACCUUACUACAACAAGAGCGCUCUGUGGUGGGACACAACCACGCUAGAUAGUUUGGAGUGUCCAAAUGCAACAUUCUCACUAAUAGUGCCAUAUUGAACUUGUUUUACUCCCAAUCACUGUCAUCUCACCUGAAGAACAGAGAUAGAAUUCUCAGACUUCAUUAAGAAUAUUGAGAUUAGUGUGUGAGUUGUCGGUGAUGGGGCCAAGGUGCUGUGAUAUUUCUCUACUCAAUUUCUGUUGCUCAUAUUUUUACUCUUACUGUCCAUUUCUUCUCAUUUCUCAUAAAUGUUUGUCUAUGAUGAAUAUUCACAAUUCUGUUUUAACUAGUCAGUGAUAAUGAUUCUUAAUGAAUGUAUGACUUUGUUUUAAUUUGUCGUGAAUAUACAUUGAUAGACUUGUCACUAUUUAUUUGUUAAUCAAUAUUUAGUUUUUAAGUAAAUCUUCCUAGGCAGCUAUUUGUAUAUGUUAGUUUUAGUUAGUGUAUAGGUGGCAUUUGUACAGUCUGUAAGUAAGUGAUAUGUGUAUGUACAGAGAGUAUAUAUAUGUGUAUAUGUAUGUAUUAGAAGAGAGAUUGGUAGGCAUUAUUUACAGAAAGUAUAUAUUUAUAUGUAUGUAUUUGUAAGUGAAACAGAUUUGUAUACAUGUACAGAGUAAAUAUUUCUAUGUAUGUAAGAGGGCGUGGUAUACUUUGUGUAUACUCUAUGUACAGAGUAUAUAUAGUUUCAUGUGUGUAUAUAGAGUUUAUCUGUAAAAAUGUAAAAAAAAAAAAAAAAUAAUAAAUGAUAAUGAUAAAGAAUGUAUGUAUUGUAAGGGAAGGAAAAGUGAGAGAAAUAUGUAAAGUAUAUCUGUCGGCUUGGAUGAAAAAUGUGGGAAAUGGAAAUACUGCAAGUAUUCCUAUUGAAGAUAUGUUAGUUUGUAUGUUUAUGGUGUAAGAGUUGGGUGAAUUUUGUAUGUAUAGAUAGGUACAUACAUGUUAUGACAUAAUCAUGUGUCUGUUAGUCUCACCUGCACAACACCCCUAAAGCUUGGCCAUCGAUCCCGGUCGUGUUCGGGUGCGUUGAUAGAGCUCCCGUUAGUGCUAGUUUGGUCUCAAGCUUGUCCACCUCAUAGAAUGACCUCAUAGAAUGACCCCAGUGAAAGAAAAAAUCAAACACAUUACUGUGCUUUACUUCAAUGUCUGUUCAGCAAAAGUAUAAAACAUUUCAAAGACAGAAUUUGAAUAUAAUUUAUAGUAGCACAUUCCCUUUCGGGCAGACCCUGACCACUAGAGGCUAUAUCAAGUGUUUGUAGUGUAUUUCCUGAGCCAACCCGACAUCGUGCUUAUCACAUUGAUCAGUGCUACACAUUACAUUGUUUUGUGCUAGCUUUUGCCACAUUUAAAAUUUCUCUGAAAAAUAUACAAAUACACUGUUACUUUUAGAGAUCAUAGUUUUUAAGUUCUUUUAUAUAAUUUUAGUAGUUUUUCUGUGAUUCUUAAGUUAUUUUUAUUUAAUUGAAAUUAGAAGUACAUGUAUUUUAUAUACAAAAUUUGUAAAGUAGAAUGAAAGCAACAUUAUAUGUUACAUUUUAGUGUGGUUCCACCUCACCUGUGGAUUAUAUUUAUACAAAUAUUUUAGCAAAUUCACAACAAUGUCUGACAGACAAAAAACAAGACAAAGCAUCAGUAUUUUUACCUUUGAUUAAUUUUAUACAAUACAUUUAAUCUCAUCGAAUAUGGUAUUUAAGUAUGGAUUUGUUAAUGAGUCAUGUGACAGCAUUCCUCCAAUCAUGAAGCCUGUUUCUUGCUGCCAGUAACGGCUUUGGACCUGAUCAUACAGUAUGUCAUACCUAGUCUAUUGUAUGUGAAAUAAAGGCAUUAAUCCUAA